GUUAGUACAAUAUAAUUCUAGUAAUUAAAAAAAGAAAUCUGCUCUGUCCGUAUAUAAUUCUAUUCAUUAAACAAUUCAUAUUCAAAUAAGCACAUACGCACUCAUUUCAACCAAUCAUAUUAAAGUAUGACCAUUUCACAUGUAAUCCAAUGAAAGGAAAUAAAAGCAAUCGAGUAACCUUGGUGACGAAACCUAUGAACCAACCAAUUUUAGAAAUAAUAACUAACAUUAAAUUACUAUUAUUAUUAUUAUUACUAUUAUUAUCAAUACUGUUACUACUAUUGCUUGGACAGUAUUAAUUUGUGCAUACGUAAUUUGUGGGUGGUGAACAGAAUACAGGACAAGAAAGAAAAAAAAACGAAAUUUGAAAUUCUAUAAAACCUCUAGUGACAACACGAACAACUACGAUAUUCAUCAAGUUGAAAGAUCAACGUCAUAGUUACAAGUAUCUGAAAAAAAAGUAAUUAAUUAAUUUUUAUACAAAGAGAAAAAUGUUGUGCAAUCUACCAUGUCGAAUUAUUUUGAUUGCUAUGAACACUGUCAGCUUGAUUGUAGGGCUGGCAUUGCUCAUACUUGGAGCCUUGAUGGUUUGGGGUCAAAGUGUUAUACAGUCUCUAUUGAAUAAUUUCGUAACCAAUCUAAUUAAUCAAUAUAUUAAAGGAAGUGAUGGUGGACAAAUUAAUGAACUGGUUACAAGAAUACUGACGUCUACUUCUCCAGUUGGUUUAGCAGUCUUUAUAUUAGGUGCUGUUUGUACAGGUAUUUCAAUAUUUGGUUAUUGUGGAGCCUGUUGCAAUAUGAAGAUACUACUUUAUAUAUACGCAAUUAUAGUAGGAGCUUUGGCACUUGCUUUUCUGGUUACAUUCAGUGUGUACUUCUCUCGUAAAGAUGAGAUUGGCAACAAAGCAGUUGAACUGUUCGAGACGAGUGUAAAGAAUUAUAAAUCAAUGGAAGCAAAUACACUGGACAGUCUAGUGGUUGGCUUAAUCUCACCUCCACUUCAAUGCUGUGGUGUGGAUGGUGGAAGUGACUUUAAAAAUUCACCUAAUUUCUGGAAAAAUGACACUUACGGUGGUCAAACAUAUACUAAUAUUGAAUAUCCUGUACCGUGUUGCAAAAUGAAUCAAAAUUAUGCAAUCAGUGAUUCUACAUGUCCAGGUCAAUUUAAUGAUAAUAACAGUAAUUAUAAAAAUGGUUGUAGAGGUCCAUUGAAAGAAUUUUUCCUUAAAUAUAUGGAUUAUGUAGCUUAUGGAUUAAUUGGGGCAUUUGUUUUAUUGUUGCUCGUUGUUCUAUUCACACUUUUAACCAUUUGUAUUGAUGUUAUCUGAACAAACAAACAAACAAAACCGACAAAAAAAAACAAAACUAAAUGAAAUGGAAUUCAAUAUUCAAUUGAUUGUUUGUCUAUACUCGGUUAAGAGUUGAAUACUCAAAUAAAGUGAUCUCCUUUGUUGGACUUUGCCUUUAUAAAACAAAAUAAAGUUAAUGCCUUUGCAUAGUUGAUGUAUACAUCUAUGCUUUUAUGAAUGUAUGUAUGUAUGUAUGUAUGUAUGUAUGUAUG